AUGGCUGCAUUACGCUUCCUUCCUCGUGAGUCGCGGCCUCCAAGGUCGUCCCUGCAGCUUGUCGUUGCAUCUCGGCCUUCGCCUUUGGACUCGUUGGCUGACGGUGACCGCGACCGCCGCUUGGACGCGAGGUUUGGCCUGGCAGGGCGUGUCUGCGCCGUUUUCGAGCAUCUCGCUGUUUGCACCGACGAUCAUCCAGGGCAUGGGCAAGAAGGGCAUCGAGGCCAACCUGUUCACGUACGUCGGUCGUGGAAGAGCGCGGGAGGGAGAGGAGGUGAUGCUGACAUCAACUCAUCGCCUCGUCGCCUCGCCGCCUCGUCGCCUCGUCGCCUCGCCGCCUCGUCGCCUCGUCGCCUCGCCGCCUCGUCACCUCGCCGCCUCGCCGCCUCGCCGCCUCGCCGCCUCGCCGCCCCGUUGCCUUGCACGACCUGGCAGGGUGCCGCCGUACGCGGUUGCGUGGGUCUUUGUCGUAGGGAUGGCGUGGGUGGCGGAUCGGUACGACAAGCGUGGUGCCGUUACGACCGUCUGCUCUCUGCUCGCGGUGGCCUCGUUUGGGGUUCUGGGUGGGCUGCCCAAGCAGGCCGGGUACAACGAGCGAUACGCGUGAGUUUGAGCACGGGUAGCGGAGAGGAGAGGUGCGAACGCGAGCUGACGACUGAUUGGCUUGACGGCGCGACUCGGCGACAGGGUCAUGAUGGUGGCGGUGCCGUGCGCAUUCGCAUCGAUCCCGUGCAACCUGGGACGGGUGAGCGCCAACGCGCGCGGUACGACGGCGACGGUGCUGGAGGUGGCGCUGUGCGUGGCGGUGGGCAACUGCGGGCAGAUGGUGGGGGUGUGGAUCUACCGGUCGAGCGAGGCGCCAUCGUUUCCGACGGGCAUGUUUACCAACCUGGGCAGCCUGCUGCUCACGACGGUGUCGGCGGGGCUGCUGACGAUGUACUAUAA